AGAUGGACCUCAAAUGUGGAAAAAACAUGUUUCUUUUUUUUGCAAUAAGUUAAUUUUAGCGUGAUUCUUCAUACAAACAACUGCAUUUUUAACCUUGUGAAGAAUACUAUUAUUUCAUUAAUUAACAAAAAGCAACUUUACUAAAGGAAACGGAGCAGUAAGACAUUAUUUCUUUCUAAAAAAAAAAAAAUUAUCAUGUCGAAAAGUGAAGGUUUUCCUGUGGAUAUUAAAACAACAGCUCCAGAAGUAGAAGUGGGACUAAAAGAAGACAUUUCUCCGUGUGUUGUCGGGCAGAACAGAGCCUCCUCCUCCUGCAGGGUUUUGACCCAGGAGGAGCCGGACACACUGAGCCGAGAAAAGGCUCUGGUGUCCGACUUCAAACUCAUGAAGCUGGAGAAAGAAGCUCAGAAAAACUGGGACUUGUUUUACAAAAGAAACACCACCAACUUCUUCAAGGACAGACACUGGACCACCCGAGAGUUUGAAGAGCUCAACGCGUGCAGAGAGUUUGAGUCCCAGAGGCUGGUGCUGCUGGAGGCCGGCUGCGGGGUGGGAAACUGCGUCUUCCCUCUGCUGGAGGAGGACCUGAACAUCUUCGUUUACGCCUGUGACUUCUCCCCACGAGCUGUAGAGUUUGUGAAACUGAACCCUCUGUACUGUCCUGAGCGCUGCCAUGCCUUCCAGUGCGACCUAACCAAAGACGACCUGAGGGGAAAUGUCCCUGAAGGCAGCGUGGACGUCGUCACGCUCAUCUUCGUCCUGUCAGCCGUCCAUCCCGACAAGAUGAAGCUGGCUCUGCAGAACAUCAGCAGGGUGCUAAAGCCCGGAGGCAUGGUGCUGUUCAGAGACUACGGACUGAAUGACCACGCCAUGCUGAGGUUUAAAGCCGGCAGCAAGCUGGGGGAGAACUUCUACGUCCGGCAAGAUGGAACCAGAUCAUACUUCUUCUCUAAAGAGUUCCUGUCCGAGCUGUUUGCGGACGCCGGCCUCCAGUCCGUUUCUAAUGACUACGUCCUGAGGGAGACCGUCAACAAGAAGGAGGGGCUGUGUGUCCCCAGAGUGUUCCUGCAGAGCAAAUUCACCAAGCCCGGCCAAUCACAGAGCUCCUGACGCCACCUGGCCAAUCACAGAGCUCCUGACGCCACCUGGCCAAUCACACAGCUCCUGACGCCACGGAGCCAAUCACAGAGCUCCUGGUGCAACCCCUGCCUGUGUGUGUCACCUCAGAAAUACGACUGAAAUGUCUCGAUGACAUUUAAUGGCGAAAAACAGUUUUAUCCCUGCUGGUUUGUGGUCGACGUGCUGCUGAUUUUGAGUCCUUCAGAUCAUGAGGGAGAUGCAUGAGGUUAAAGAAAGUUAAUAAUGCCUUCUUCUGUUAAUCUACCUCUGUCUUUUGGUCCUUUGCCAAAAGAUGAAGCGUCUUACAAGUGGAACUAAAGGGCAGAAAGGAGCAUGGAUGUUCAGCAAAGCCGUCAGCUGGAUGAAAAGUGAAACUCUGGGGAUGAUAUUUAGAGAUUCAGAUGACUUUCAAAUCCAUUUCAAAGCCUUUUGUCCAACUUGGAUUAGCCUCUAGUGUCAGCAGGAGAACGUCCUCCUUCUAACUGGUGUCUCCUGGCCAAAAGCAGGUGUCUUGAGUGCUUUAUUCCACAUUAUAUAAAGUAAUGGGAUCAUUUUGUAUGAGGUGAGUGCUUUUAAUUUUGUGUGAAUUAAUGCCUUUUUAAAAAAAAUAGCUGUUCUCCUCCACUGUGUUAGUUCACACAUGAUCUUAAAUAUGCCCGCAGUGUCACAUCCUGUUUAUGCUCCUGUUUUAACACGGUUUGCUGUAAACCACUGAGACGGACCGUCAUCCUACACACAUCAACAUCAUGACUGUUUCAUAAUAAAGUUAUUUACAUCUUC